AUGAAUGCUACGAAUUCGCUAAAGCGGAAGCGCUCUCGAAAAGCCUGUAUGCCAUGUCGACACCGAAAAAGGAAAUGUGAUGGUGGUGAGCCGUGCACUACUUGUGUCGAAUGGGGUUACGAUUGCUCUUACAAAAACGACUCCAAACCAGGCACACUUCCAGCCCCCGAACAAGACUCGACGCACUAUUCAGGAAAGCAGAACUCUGUACUGCCAGAAGUAGCUGAGCCAGGCCCUGCUGCGUCGGGUGCUUCAGUGAUGGCGCAACAUUUAGAAGCCAACUCUGGAGCAGCGUUUGUCAGGAAAAUCGGCCUCAAGAUUGAUCCUACAAGAGCUCCAAAACUGAGUCUCUUUGCAUGGAAUGUGGGUGUCAGAGAGCUUUCAUUUGGUUUCAACCCAAUCGCCACUCAACAUAUAAGAGAAAUUACCUCACUUAAACAGAUCAAGGUUCUCACUCAAGUCUAUCUCGAAAAGUUGGAUCCAUGCUAUGGUUUCAUCGAUCGUUUAGAUUUCGAGGAACGUUUAGAGAUUCAUUGGAACGCUCCUGCGUCAAUGGAUGUUUACGAUAGUGUGAUAUGCAGCAUUGCGGCCAUUGGAUGCCUAUUCUCUCAACGAAAUGCCACAAUCACGGAAUUGCAGCUUGCAAACACAGCCCAAUCAAUUUUGAGUAACUAUCGCUUGGUUGGGCCCCCUCAUGUGGAUCUUCUUACUGGGUGGUUACUACGGACUAUAUAUCUGAGACUGACAGAUCUACCUCAUUCGACGUGGGUUGCCAGUUGCACCCUGAUGCAUCUGAUCGAAGCUUCGGGGAUUUAUCCUGAAUCUGCUUCAACGAUUUUGCACGACGUACAAUACUGUCCACCACUUGCUAGUAGAUUAAUUGGUGUGGCCACUCACCUGAACGCGUGGACAUCUUUUGAUCUAGGCCUAUCGAGAGUCUCGUUUCACGAUGACAACUUGCCUGAUGUAUCCCCCACCACACCAGGCGAUUACACGAUUGAGAUCUUGAGGCUUCUCCCGAUUUCCAUAAGUCUGGAUCCUGGCAAGCCGGUAGAGAAAAGUAUGCUUUCCAGCAAACUUCAACAGAUUAUGGCUGGCAACCACGUCCAACCCCCAUCCGUUCUUGCGCAGUGUAACCUCGUUCUUUGUAUCCUGCGUCACAUAUACAGCUACAAAUCCGAUCUUUCUUACGAGCUAGCAGAGCAAGCUGUUUCUUUGUUGAACAGCGGACUAGAAUGCGCUCGAAAGAUGGCCAUUGAAUGUUGCCCAUGGCAUCAAGUUGCGAAUGUACCUUUCCAGACGAUCUGCAUACUUCUUGCCAUGGAUACGCGAUCCUCACUUGCAGUAUUACCACAAGCUUUGGAGGUGUUGAAUUUGACUGCGUCUCUGUACCCCACGGAAAUGAUGAAGGAUGCUAGUAAAACAGUUCAAUUACUGCUUCUGCUUUAUCAACGACGAAGAAUGGAUGACAUAGCAAUCUUUGGAGAAGCGCUCGCGAUUCCUCAACAAGAACGAAUUACUACUGAUGUGUCACCGAUCAACUUUGGUCCUGAGGAAAACUCGUGGCUUGGAGCGCUUUUUGCUGAUUUGCCUGGCUUAACAAGCAUUGACCUUGAUCAGUCUGUGGAUACUGAAUUCUUUCCAAUUUAG